UCUCUUCUCUUCUCUUCUCUUCUCUUCUCUUCUCUUCUCUUCUCUUCUCUUCUCUUCCCUCGACAACAACACACCCGCAGCAACAUCCGCACUGCCCCAUCACGCUCUAUCCCCAUCACCUGUCUGCAUCGCCGACAAUGUCUACCGCCUUCGUCCAGCGCCCGGCUCCGGCCUUCACCGCCACCACCGUCCUCCCCGGCGGCGAGUUCAAGGACGUCUCCCUGUCCGACUAUCUUGGCCAAUGGGUCGUCCUCCUGUUCUACCCGCUGGACUUCACCUUCGUCUGCCCGACCGAGAUCAUCCAGUAUAACGAUGCGCUCCCUCGCUUCCGCGCCAUCAACACGACCGUGCUCGGAGUCUCCACCGACUCGCACUUCUCCCACCUGGCCUGGACCGAGCGGCCCCGCAAGCAGGGUGGCCUCGGUGCCGACUUGGAGCUGCCGCUCGUCGCGGACAAGUCGCACAAGAUUUCCCGGAGCUACGGCGUCCUGAUCGAGGAGGAGGGCGUCGCGCUGCGCGGCCUGUUCAUCAUCGACCCCAAGGGCGUCCUGCGACAGAUCACCGUCAACGACCUCCCCGUGGGCCGCAACGUCGAGGAGACCAUCCGCCUGGUCGAGGCGUUCCAGUUCACCGACGAGCACGGCGAGGUCUGCCCGGCCGGCUGGCAGAACGGCAGCAAGGGUAUGAAGGCCGAUCCCAAGGGCAGCUUGGAGUAUUUCGCCGCCCAGGAGGAGGGUGCAGACGCUAACGGCAACGGCACCGCCAACGGAAACGGCGAGGGUAAGAAGCGGCUGAGGGUCAAUUGAAGCACAGGAGGGAGCACGGGCACUGGCAAUGGUGCCGGAGAGGGCAGGGUCACGGAAGAGGGCAAGGCCAUAGAAUGUGCACAAGCCGCAUAGAAGAAUUAGAAGCGGGACGGCGUGCUUGUUCUUAAACUGAGGUAGAGAUGAGGCUGAAUCAAUACGUCAACCUAAGCAGUUACCCCUCACCACAGUUGGAGACAUUGAUUACGACGGCACACUAAGGCCGGUAGUCACAUGAAGAUGCAGCCCGUUCACGUCACCGCGAAUGGAGACGCCCGGCUGAGAGUGUCGUAUGUAACACUCCCUCGUCUCCCAUAGGAUGCAUUUCGCGUCGGGGGAAUGUAGAGGAGCGCGACGACGAUGGUAACUAAUUUCGUUUCAAC